CGCGGCCCGGUUGUUGUUUGCCAACUUUAUUUCCUGAUCUUCGCGCCGCUACACUCGCGCUCUCGGAGUCUCAGCACGCUGCUCAAAGCUCCAGCAGUAGGUACUUGCUUUACGCUAGGCAGCAACGCGAGAGACGAAAGCUUUUUUUCGGGGCUCGAUCGGCUAUUCGUUUUAUAUUAUAUAAAAUCAGCCACCGCGGGCUGGCCGCAAGUCAUUUAGUGUUCAGUGCUCGAAUCGCUAGGAUUUCCCUACUUGGCAUCCUUCGGGAUAAUUCAAACUGUCCGUUUGAGUCGUUAACGUGCGCGUGUGAGUGAAUGAAUUGCAGCUGCACGGUUUGGUAGCCGACCAUCCCCCGUUCCCGCUUCCUGCCAUCGUUCCUUCGCAGAUCCUUAAGGUUCCUGUAUCAACUGCAGUGUUGCCAGCUGUUAGUGCCCAGUGGAAAAUUUUAGUGUUCGUCAAUCAAUCAAAUCUACCACAAUGAAAGCUUUCGCAGUCUGCUUCGCCAUCGUCCUUUCUCUGGCCUUCGCGGCGGCGCAACGCUUCGGCAGUGGACUGCCAGCGUUCAGCCUCAGCUCACUGACCGGCGACUUUGGAGGACCAACCGCCUUCGGAGGACAGGACUUCAGCUCCGGUAGCUUAACCGCCGCAGCCACCGCCGGUCGUGAUCCACGACAGAACCGAGGCCCAGUCGUGUUCCCACCGCCACCAACCGACGGCCCAAUGGAGUCCAGCGGAGUUGUCGUUGGCGCUUCCGGCUACGGAUUUGUACCUCCAAAUGCGCCACAAAUGUACUUUUAAGAACGUCAAACCCCACGGGCCUGGUCGAGCUGGAGCAAAACUUACCGUACCCUAGGCAUGAUUUUUGUAUGCGAUGAUAAUGUGCGUGAAUAACAAAUUCGAAUGGUUUCUGUGUGUUACGCGUGUAAAUUGUGUUCGCUAACCUCCAGUUUAAGUCGCUAGAUAGUCCAAGGAAUGCGAAAAGUCAAUUACCGAUCGAACUAACUAGUAGUUGUCAGUAUUGCUAUGUCGAAGAAUCGCUGUUUGCUAAACCUUUUGUUCCCCGUUUUGUCUUUUCCGCAGAUACCUUCCAUUCUAUUUACAGAAAUCUAAGAUACUUCUAAGUCAAGACAAAUCACUAGGCUUUUAAAAACUGCUUUACCCUAUCGGACUUGAUUACUGAUUAGUGUACUGUAUAAAAGGAACAACAAAUGCAUCAUCGUUUUACUUAAGUCCCUUAAUUGUACAAGAACCGAUACCUUAUAACCAAUCUUGGGCUCGACCCGAGCUGAAUUUGAUGCCAUAUCAAAUUUUGACCCAAAAUUGAUUUUCCCCAAUCCCAAAAAUAGUUUUUUUUUCGAUCAGAACAAAAUUACAACUUUUGUAUUUAUUUGUAAUUAAUUGUAGACGUGUAGGAAAAGACAAUUGUAAUUUAAAGAUUAUUUGUUAAGUAGCGCUGUACAAAUCGAAUCAAUGACGACAACACGUGAAGCUAGAUGGUGUAAAUUUGUGAACCUCUGUAUGAUAAGUUUGAAAUGCUGGUUGUUUAUAUUUAAUAAAUUAUUUUAGUUGACACUCUGAAUGUAAACGAACGAAAACAACAAAAAACCAUGUGUCUGGUAGUUUUUAACUUACUUAACCUUUCCUCUUCCAGUGUAAAUAGUUUGCGAGUGUGAGUUGGUGUUUUUAAGCAUUUUUAUUUUUUGACAGUGACUUUAUCAACUAACUUGAUCAUCAUGACUAUCAAAUAACACGUGGUAAACAUUCUUAACGACUGGUGAAAGAGUUCCAAGUUUGUUCAAGUUGAGUGCAUGGAUUCGAGAUUAUACGAGGGUCAUUGUUUACUUUUCACACCGAACUGCAAACUCCUGGUGAAGAAUCUUCUGAAUCUAGACGCACACACGCUUAUUGUUCACUUUUCAUGUUGAAAAACAUCUGACGAGCCCUUCUGCGUACUGUUCACUUUUUGCCCUGAACAACAAAUUCCAAGGAAGGAAUCUUCCGAAACUAGCCACGCAUGCGCUCAAUGUUUACUUUUUGCGCUGAACUACAAUUCUUUAUUACACCAACAUUUUUUUUUAAUUUUUUUUGUAUUUGUGAAUUUUAACUUAAUGCUAAUCCUUCACACGAUAUUACACCAACAAAGCUAGCCAUGAAAAUGUUUGACACUUCUGAGGUCAUUUUGAUAGACCACACACAUGCAGGAAAAAGACAUCAUAUAUUCUACUUUAUCGAUCUUGUUGCCGUCCUUUUCAUGCUCAUGUUACAUCAGUCAAAAUGACCUGUGAGGUUAGGUUCGUUGGUGUAAUAAAGAAUAAACUCCUGGCAAAGAAUUGUCUGAAUGCAGACGUGUAGAAUGCAGACGGGGUAGAUGCUCGCUGUUCACUUUUAGAGCUGAGCAGUAAACUCCCGGCAAAGAAUCUUCCGAAUAUAUACAGAUACUCGGUCACUGCUUACUUUUUGCGUCGAACAACAAGCUUUUCUGAAUCUAGAUGCACACAUGAUCACUGUUCAGUGUUCACUUUUUGAGUUGAAGAACAAAUUACCGACAAGGAGUCUGUCGAGUAAAUCUGCGUUUAUGAUCACUGUUAGCUCUCUGCGCCAAACAACGAAUUCCAUGAAAGGAGUCUUCCGAAUCUAGCCGCCCAUGGGCGCGAUGUUUACUUUUGGCGACGAACAACAAAACUCCGACAAAGAAUCACACGCUCACUGUUUACUUUUCGAGCCCAGCAGUAAACUACUGGCAAGGAAUCUCCUAAUUUAUUCGUGCACACGUUCUUUGUUUACUUUUGACGAAGAACAACUCCUGGUAAGGAAUCGUCUUAAUCCAGACGCACACGUGUUCACUGUUUGUGGAGCCGAACACGAAACUCCUGGUUAGAGAAUCAUCUGGAUCUAGCAAACACUCGGUAAACAAUCUACGAAUCUAUUCACGAACUUUUUUAUGUAUAUUGGUGUUAGAUUUAUCAGAAUCCAAUUGGCGAUUAAGAGGUUAUAUCGGAAAAAUUUAGAAGGGAAAUAAUAAUACUCUAUCCGCUUUGGGGAGCGGACCUGGUGUGAUGGUUAGAACACUUGACUAUCACGCCGAGGACCUGGGAUCGAACCCCACUCCCGACAAACUCACAAAAUGUGAGUUCUUCCUUCGGAAGGGAAGUAAAGCGUGGGUCCCGAGAUGAACUAGCCUAGGGCUAAACAUCUCGUUAAUACAGAUAAAAAAAAUCUAUCCGCUUAACCAUCAAUUAUUUGGUAAAUUAACCGGUAAAUCGAUUUUUCACCCGGUUUUUCCAAAAUAGAUUAUCUGGAACGACUCAAUCACUAGAAUACGAAAUGGGAUUUCACAAAUCAUAACCUCUCUUUAGGAGGCCAAUGUGAAUCCAAUAUAAAUCCGAUUUAAAUUCAAAUCUUAUCCAAAUCCAAUCCAAAUCCAAUCCAAAUCCAAUCCAAAUCCAAUCCAAAUCCAAUCCAAAUCCAAUUUAAAUCCAAUCCAAAUCCAAUCGAAAUCCAAUCGAAAUCCAAUCCAAAUCCAAUCCAAAUCCAAUCCAAAUCAAAUCCAAAUCCAAUCCAAAUCCAAUCCAAAUCCAAUCCAAAUCCAAUCCAAAUCCAAUCCAAAUCCAAAUCCAAUCCAAAUCCAAUCCAAAUCCAAUCCAAAUCCAAUCCAAAUCCAAUCCAAAUCCAAUCCAAAUCCAAUCCAAAUCCAAUCCAAAUCCAAUCCAAAUCCAAUCCAAAUCCAAUCCAAAUCCAAUCCAAAUCCAAUCCAAAUCCAAUCCAAUUCCAAUCCAAAUCAAAUCCAAAUCCAAUCCAAAUCCAAUCCAAAUCCAAUCCAAAUCCAAUCCAAAUCCAAUCCAAAUCCAAAUCCAAUCCAAAUCCAAUCCAAAUCCAAUCCAAAUCCAAUCCAAAUCCAAUCCAAAUCCAAUCCAAAUCCAAUCCAAAUCCAAUCCAAAUCCAAUCCAAAUCCAAUCCAAAUCCAAUCCAAAUCCAAUCCAAAUCCAAUCCAAAUCCAAUCCAAAUCCAAUCCAAAUCCAAUCCAAACCCAAUCCAAAUCCAAUCCAAAUCCAAUCCAAAUCCAAUCCAAAUCCAAUCCAAAUCCAAUCCAAAUCCAGUCCAAGUGCAACUCAAACGCAGUCCUGUCCUGAUCCACCUUCAACCUCAUUUAUCUCCUUUAUCUACACAGUUUGUCAAUUCUUUUCCAUUGGGGGCCACUUUACAUUGUCAAGCUUCAAUCAAGGUCCCAGUCAAUGUCGCAAAUUUGCCAGCUCGGUAUGAAUAGUUUGGCUUUUUUCUUGAGCCGGUACCUCCCACCGUGAUAGAUCCGCAAGAGGCUGCUGUGUAUGUAAUCGAACAUGACGAUUAAUAAAAGUAAAAAAAAAAACAAUUCACCCAACGACGCUGAUGGCGAUGGCGGCGGCGGCGGCGGCAUCGUCGAAGGGUAUUACAUACCUAUACCUCGGGUUGUUUGUGGUGUGUCUUGGAAAGAAUUAAUUUUUAUGGUGCAAUAAUGGUUGCUCCCUCAUUGUACUGCUGGGCUACCUGUACGGUUGUGGGGCACUUACAUGCUGACCGUGUAUGUAAGUGGACAUGGGUAGCUUUGGCGGCGCGGCGCUCGCAAGAAGCCGGGCACAAAUAAUAAUCUGAUCAAGUUAAUCGCGCCAAUAUGGGCAAUUCUUCGGUAGGCGCGAAAGAGCUCGUGUUCUGGACCGACUUGGGUAUUCAGUGCGGGUGUCGCUAAGCGGAUCGCUAGUUAUUUCAUGGUACCUUCCAAUUUGUGACAUGAUGGACAGAUUGCGAAGUAUGGACCGUGUAGUUGUCGGUGCGAGAUGAUUGGUUCUAGAAGCCUAGACUUCCAUGUAAGAUGGUAAUCAUGGAUUAUGUGUAGAUAGGGUCAUGGAAUUGUCAUUAAUCCUACGAUUCUAAAUUCAUCAUAUUCGAAAACAAAUCUAUUUCGGUACCAAUUGAUUCCGUUCUUUUUUGUUAUCCUGCGUACUUGUUAUCUUCUAACAACGAUAAA